CUCACGCUCGUCCCAAAGAAGCGCGGGCUGGCGUUCGAAGUUGUAGUUUGGAAGGCACGCGCUACGCAUCAACUCGCAUCCCGCCAACAAUCCCCAACCGGACUCUCCCACAACCCGAUUGUUUACCAAAAAUUCUCGCGCAUCUAUGGAUUCAGUGUAACCCCGAGUGUUCAAUUACCCCUCAAACACCACAAGUUCAUUACCAAGUGACAAUAAACAACAGUGAAUAUUUAUUCGUUGGGCAUACGAUUCUGACGUGAAAGGAAAAUAAAAAUGAAAAAGUUAACGACUGUCGCCCUCCAACUAUUGAUGUAUUGGCUACUGGUGCAGCCGUCCAGUCAAGCGUCACUGCAAGCUGCCACAGUACCAUCAUCACCAGGAUCUAGAGGCCGCCCAGUGAAGAAUAAUGCAACAGAGGCUAACAUCUGUGAUCUCAACUACGAAGGUGCACCAAUGUUUUGUCACUGCGAUACACUCGACUUGUAUCGUGCGACAGAGAGCAAAUGUGUGGUCCUGGCAGUGCUAAAUGCCGAUGAUCCCAUUUGGAAUAUCUUCCCCAAGUCUCAACCGAAACUCCAGAAUCUCGAGCUCGUGGUACGUGCUGGCAGUGAUAUGAGUUAUGUACCCACCAAGACACUCAGGGUACUCAAGAACUUAACCCGCAUUGAACUUAAAGAUGCGACUAUCAAGGAGCUUGUUGAAAAGUCGUUCAGUGAUAUUCAGACCCUGACUGAGAUACAUGCCAGACGAUGCUCAAUCGUUCAUAUGAGGAAAUAUGCCUUUGGAAAUAUGACCAAGCUUGCGGCUAUUUUUCUCGACGACAAUCGCAUUCAUGAGAUUAACAGAGGCGUUUUCGUGAAUCUUCCAUCCUUGAAGAAGCUCACAAUAAACCACAACAACUUAACACUGAUUCACGACCAGGCACUAAAGCAUUUAACAACACUGGAAGUUCUUGAGUUGAGUGCAAACAAAAUAUCCGUAAUAACUAGUGACACGUUUGCGGGCCUGAAAAAUCUCAAGCAACUCGAUCUCAAGGCCAAUGCCAUAGAGAUGAUCGGUGAUAAGACAUUCGUGGAAGUUGCAGAGCUUCAAGUGCUCGAGUUGGAUCAAAACAAAAUUGAAUUCAUGGCAAAUGGAGCACUCGAGGGCCUCAGGAAUCUACGAAAAUUGAGUCUGAGUGAUAAUAAACUCGUUAAACUGGGGACGGACAUUUUAUCUGGUACACCAUCGCUUAAUUUCCUCGAUCUGAGGAGCAAUGCACUCAAGACAAUAACUUUCGAGCAUAUUAACCCGAUGGUCCAGGAGUUGUACAACGCUACGGGUCAUCUUUAUUUAGACGAUAACAAGUUCAUCUGUGACUGCAGACUGGCGUGGAUGUUUGGGGUCAGGAACGAAACUUCUAACAAAGUUUUGAGAGACUCCCUGGGCUCACUCACUUGCUUCCUCGAGAGUCAGAGCGGAAGUAUUGACGAGUACGAGGUCGAGAAUAAUGAGACCGGAGUCGAAGUCAAACAUGAUUCUGGCGAAUCCUACGAAGUUACUAAAACAAAAGAGGCCUCCCCGAGCGAACCAGAAGACGACUACGAAGACGAGAAUAAUCCCAACACUGAAAUUGUCACUGGCAAGUUGCAGAAAAUUGAUGGAAAGCUGGGAUACAUCAAGCAUAUAUCGGAGCUGAAAUUCGAGGACCUACCCUGUCCGGAGAAGGAGCCAUUGGGGUCUGAGCAGUCAUCUAGUCGUCAGGAGAAUGCUCCCAUGCAGACAGGAUCAGCCAGUAGAACGCAAUUAAUCUUGUCCUCGUGUGCACUAUUUAUCGUAACAUUCUUCACACUAGCUAUCGUUUGAGUAAUCAAUUUCACUCGCGCAAAGAUGAACAAAUUUAACAGAAAAGCCCAGCAUUUGUUUAAAAGGAAUUUUAUUCAAUUUUUAUUCUGAUAAUAUUGACGAUUAAUUUUUCGGGUCAUUUUUGUCGGAGAUCAUUGCUAAAAAAUGACUUUUAUUUUCCAAUCGAAGCUGAAUGAAAUUUCUCGGAAUAAAAUGCUACAACUCUGUUGGAUUUUUUCGUACAUUGAGAACAGGAAAAAGGAAGAAACAGUAUUUAUCCAUUGUUCCCCCCACAAGAGUUGCCAAAACCUUAUUAUUUGUGUCAUGUACUAUUAAGUCUAAAGAGUAAUUACCGAGUAAGUUCACUUUGUAUCAAAUUUUCCUUUUCUACGCUCAUAUUUUUUUCAUUUUAGAUGACUCAAAGUAAUCACAAAGAUGGUGGCUAUGAUACUCAAUAGCACAAUGUUACAUUUGUGCGACGACUUUUGUAACUCUAUUGAUAAAUAAUUUAUUAAUAAAUUAAUUAAUAAAUAAU